CUUGCAUCAGGCCGCCAAGCGUCCUCUGUGUGCGCUGCUCCUUCGCCAUUGCCCUGGGAGGUCGGGGUGGCUCUGCUGCAGCCUCUCCUCCGGGGGUUCCUGGAAGGUCUCCGUGGAGGAUGGCGGGACACCCCAGAACCCAGGAACUGGGACUGUUGACAUUCAGGGAUGUGACCAUAGAAUUUUCUCCAGAAGAGUGGGCAUGCCUGGGCACUGUGCAGCGGAAUUUGUAUAGAGAUGUGAUGUUAGAGAACUACAGAAACCUGGUCUCCCUCGGUCUUGCUGUCUUUAAGCCAGACCUGAUCACCUGUCUGGAGCAAAGGAAAGGGCUCUGGAAUGUGAAGAGAUGUGAAACUGUAGCAGAACACCCAGCUAUUCCCUCUCAUUCCACCCAGGACCAUUUGCCAAAGCAAGGGAUAAAUGUUUCAUUUCAAAAUGUGGUACUAAGAAGGUAUGAAAAAUGUGGCCUUAAGAAUGUAUACUUAAUGAAAGACUGGGAAAUCAUGACCAAGUGUAAGGAGCAGAAUGGAUAUAAUAAUGGACUUCACCAACAUUCAACAACUACCCAUGCUAAAAUCUUCCAAAGUAAUAAGUGUUCGAAUGUCUGUAAAAUGUCAAAUCUAAAUAGACAUAAGAUAAGACAUACUGUGGAGAAAUGUGUUACAUGUAAAAAAUAUGGGCAAGCAUUUAACCAAGGCUCACACAUUACUGAAUAUAAGAGAAUUCAUAAUGGAGAGAAACCUUACAAUUUUAAAGAAUGUGACAAAAUCUUUAAAUCUUGCUCAAGCAGUUCUAAUCAUAAGAUAAGUUUUACUGGUGAGAAAUGGUAUAAAUAUGAACAUUGUGGCAAAGCUUUGAACCAUAGUUCAAACCUUUCUACACAUAAGAGAAUUCAUACUGAAGAGAAACUCAACAAAUGUGAAGAAUGUGGCAAAGCCUGUGCCUGGUACUCAGACCUUACUAAACAUAAGAGAAUUCAUAUUGGAGAGAAACCCUACCAAUGUAAAGAAUGUGACAAAGCCUUUAUCCAGUUCUCACACCUUACUGCACAUAAGAGAAUUCAUACUGGAAGGAAACCCUACCAAUGUGAAGAAUGUGGCAAAGACUUUCCUUGGUACUCACACUUUACUAUACAUAAGAGAAUUCAUACUGGAGAAAAACCCUACAAAUGUGAAGAAUGUGGCAAAGAGUUUACACAGUACUCACGCCUCACUAGACAUAAGAGAAUUCAUACUGGAGAGAAACCCUACAAAUGUGAAGAAUGUGGCAAAGCCUUUGCCUGUGCUUCAGACCUUAGUAAACAUAAAAGAAUUCAUACUGGAGAAAAACCCUACCAAUGUGAAGAAUGUGGCAAAGACUUUGCACAGAACUCACUCCUAACUAGACAUAAGAGAAUUCAUACUGGAGAAAAACCCUACCAAUGUGAAGAAUGUGGCAAAGCCUUUGCUCAGUGCUCACACCUUACCAAUCAUAAGAGAAUUCAUACUGGAGAGAAACCCUACAAAUGUGAAGAAUGUGGCAAAGCCUAUGCCUGGUACUCAAACUUUUAUAUACAUAAGAGGAUUCAUACUGGAGAAAAACCCCACAAAUGUGAAGAAUGUGGCAAAGAGUUUACACAGUACUCACUCCUCAGUAGACAUAAGAGAAUUCAUACUGGAGAGAAACCCUACAGAUGUGAAGAAUGUGGCAAAGCCUUUGCCUGUUAUUCAUACCUUAGUAAACAUAAGAGUAUUCAUAUUGGAGAGAAACCUUACAAAUGUGAAGAAUGUGGCAAAGCCUAUGCCUGGUACUCAAACAUUACUAAACAUAAGAGAAUUCAUACUGGAGAGAAACCCUACAAAUGUGAAGAAUGUGGCAAAGCCUUUACCUGGUGCUCAAAUCUUACUAAACAUCAGAGAAUUUAUACUGAAGAGAAACCCUACAAAUGUGAAGAAAGUGGCAAAGCCGAUGCCUGGUACUCAAACAUUAGUUCUCAUAAGAUAGUUCAUAUAAGAGAAAACCCGCAAAUGUGAAGAAUGUAUUAAAGUCUUUAAAUAUGCCCCAGCCUUUCUUAUCAUAAGAUAAUUCAUAUAGCAGAGAAUCCCUGCAACUGUGCAGAAUGUGGGAAAUCCUUUAUGUUAUGUUCAUGUUUCUAAGCAUAAGAUAAAACAUACUGAAGAAAAACCUUAUGAAAGUGAACAGAGUGGCAAAACCAAUAACUAGUGCUUCAGUAUUUAUAAACAUAAGAAAAUUCAUAUCAGAGAGAAAACAUACACAUGUUGAGAAUGCAACAAAGCCUUUACCUGGUCCACUUACCUUACUGUACAUUAGAGAAAUCAUACCUGGGAAAAAUCCUACCAAGGUAAGAAAAGUGAGAAAGCUUCUCCAUCUAUUACCUGCCAUCAGAGAGUCAUUCUCAUUAACGGCAAUAUAGUUGUAACAACUGUCAAAAUACCUUUCAUAAAAUAAAAGUCUUAGAGUGUACCAGACUGUUUAUACAGAUAAAAAAAAUAUCACAGCUAUAAAAAGUGGCACAACACCUGUGCGUCUAUCACAGAUCUUCUUGUGCAUGGGAAAAUUUAUGCUGAAAUGAAACCGUAUACCAACUGCUCAAACUGUAAGUUCAGAAAACUUGGAUUUGAGAGAAACUCUACAAAUGUAAUCAAUACAAAAAAAAAACAUUUGUUCAUAAAACACAGUUUGUAAAAGAGAACUUGUACUUUACAGAUGCCAUAAUGUGAAAAAAAUUAAUAAAAGAUCAAGUCUAAAGGUAUGAGGAUUCACAGUAGAAAGUACUAAGGCAAAAAUAUUAUCAGACAUUACCCUAAAUCAGUGUGUAGAUUAUAUAGAAUAAUCUAACAUUAAGACUUAGAUAAUUUAUGUAUGUGUAAAAGGAGCAUAAAAUUGAUUUUUAUCUCACAGAACUUGGUCUAAUUACUAAGUCUCCAAGCUUCAGCUUCUUUAUCCAUAAAAUGGAUUAAUUAUGGUUCCCUUCCCAUAGGUAUUGAGGUGUUAAAUACAAUAAAUACUAGCUGUUGUUGUGCUCCAUGUUCUGUUUUUUUCUAUAGACUAUGAAGUAGACAGAUGAUGGCUUAUGGUAGGGAAAGGAGAAAGAUUAGGUUUCAGUUGAAAAAAUUUCCAAGGUGAAGUGUAAGAGGUAAAGGUCAGAGAUGGUGCUGUGGUGCAAGAAGGAAUGUCAAAGGCCUUCCAUUUUAACUCUGGCCUCAUGUGUAUCUGUAAAUAUGAAAGGUGAACUAAUCAGGUGAUCUCAUUCGUUGUUCCUUCCAGCUGUGACAUUGUCAAAAUAGAGUGGAGAAUGGAAAUGUCAUCCAAAGCCAAACAGAAAUGUCCACAUUUGAUCUAAUCUUACACACAGAGGCUCAGAAGUAUGGAACUGAAUAGAGAGGAAUUCUUAGUGGUAGGAUUGUGAGUUAAUUUAGUUUCUUCAUUGAUUUUUUUCUCUUUCUAAUUUCCCGUAAUACGUUUGUCAAUCAAAACAAAACACUCAACAAAAUAUAUCAAUUUCUUUAUAUUUACAUCCACAAAUUU